AGCUGAGCCUCACUCUGAAUCCACUCUCUCUGCCUGCAACAUUCAACUCGGUCACCAUGCCUGGGAUUAUAUUUCUUCUGCAGUUUAUAAUGGCUGUCAUCAUGCUGCCUGUUCACAUCCUUAAUUAUCUUGGCAUUUGGGAUUCAUUUAUUAAGAAAGGUUUUCCGUAUUUCAUCGACAAAUUUACUGAAACCUACAACAAAGUGAUGGAGGAUCAGAAAAGAAGACUCUUUAGCAAUAUCUCAGACUUUUCAUGCAAUUCCAAAGAGCUCAGGCUCCUAGAGCUUGGCUGUGGCACAGGUGCAAACUUCAAAUUUUAUCCCAGGGGCUGCAAAGUGACCUGCUUGGAUAUCAACCCGAACUUCCAAAAGUUCCUGAGCAAAAGCCAAGCAGAAAAUGACCAUCUGACCUACGAUCGCUUUGUGGUAGCAUCUGCUGACAACAUGACGCCUGUGGCUGAUGGCUCUAUGGAUGUUGUUGUGUGCACCUUGCUGGUUUGUUCUGUGCCUAACACACCAGCUGUACUGAAAGAGAUCCAGAGAGUCCUCCGGCCGGGUGGAGCUUUCUACUUCAUGGAACACGUGGCUGACCCAGAUGAAUCCAGCUGGAUUAGUUUUUUUCAGAAAGUUCUGAAUCCCUCCUGGAAGUUGAUUUUUGAUGGAUGUAGCAUAAGAAAGACCACAUGGAAAGACCUGGAGAAUGCAAAGUUCUCUGACUUGAACCUGCGCCACAUAACUGCCCCCAUAGCUAUGAAGCUCAUUACUCCUCAUAUUAUUGGAUAUGCUGUGAAAAAAAUACAUUGACACCA